AUGGCUAAAAAUCAAGAAAAUACCGGGUCACCACCGUUAUUUGACGGCAUUUCGACAUACGGAAUCACUGUGGACGAUCGCUGCCGUGUCAGUGUUGCUGAGACACGCGAGUUCCGCAAGCGUUGGAUGCUGUUGACGGAGCGGGAGCGCGUGGCUGCGCUGAAGGGAGACAUGCAGCAGUUUGUGCAGACAGCAAUGGACCUUUUGCUGUGUUCUGGCUGUCGAAAUAGUGUCGAAGCACUCUUUUACAAGCUCGCGGACGGCACUGUGCAAGUUCCACAGGGUGUCAGUCGGUCGGGACUCUGCUUUGACAAUGACAAGGGCUUUCGACUGCACAAGUCGUAUCUGAGUAGUCCCGACACGUCGCUCGCGCUCUUUUCGCAUCAAGAGCGAUGGGCAAACGAGGCGCUCGUGAAGCCGACCAAGUCGAGCUGUAAAGCUGGCACGUCCCGUGCACAGUGUCAGCUGCAUUCGCAUCGGGUGCGAGGUCGCCCUCGUCCUGCAGCAUUCGAAGCUCUGUGGCUGAAGCUGUCGGAAGACCACCAGCGGCAUCUCUCUCAUAUUGACUCGGAUCAGUUCCUGACUGAUUUGGAGAACUAUUUGCGACGUCAUCGCUUUUGUUGCCGGUGUAAAGAAAAGGUGUUAGAAGCCUACGAUUUGCUCAUUGGAUCGAGUUGUAGCGACGACGAUUGCGAGGAUUGCGGGGGAUUCGAAUGCGCGGAGAGACAUCACGAACACAGCGAUUAUGGCGACGACUUGCACCACACGUCUUACUUGUUCGACGAACUCGCAUAUUCACGCACGAAACACCAGAUCAUUGUGCCUUGCAAUCUCAACUUUAUGUCGCAACUGAUGUCACGGGCGGACCAGGAGGUUGUCGGUGAUUGGGGCGAUCGUCACGCGCGUACAAUUGCUGAAGCACAGGACGAAGUCCUCAUUUGUCUGGGGGUGAUGGUUUGGGACAAAGCGCAGAGCCUCUGGACCAAGUCUCGAUCCGAAAAGCGUGCCGAAGAAUUGUUGGUGCACUGUGCCGUGACUACGCUGCGCCAAAACUUUGAUGUAGCGGUGGAGGCGUUGCAUGGGGAGGAGAUGAUGGAACAGCUGCUGGCAGAAGAAGAUGAUGAGUAUCAGAGGUUGGCGAAGAAGAAAGAAAAGCGAAAGGAGAAGAAGAAAAAGCGGAAGUCAGCAUCGAAACAGAAGCAAGCAGACCGGUCAGAACUAGAGAGGAGGAUUCAGCAGAUUGAGAAACAAAAGCCAAAGCAGACCAAACUACGCAGGCAAUCCAACAGUAGCAAGACUGUGACGUCGCAAUCAUCUACUUGCUCGUUCAGCAGUCAAGGUGACGAAGAUGGAUUUACCAGUCCCAGUACGUCCGUUGAACCGAUUCGAUCGCAUCAGUGUGACCCAACGUGCGAUGAACCGUGUUUGCGCGAAACGUUGGCGUAUGACGAGCAUAUGGAGUGGCAAUUACUGUCGUCCAUGGGAUGGAAUGCUUCGAACCAAUUUACGUCAUCUUUGCUGGAGCUGGAUGUGGACACGGACGAUGAGAAUCAGGGCAUUCCUGAAGACGACAUUCGUUUCUGGAAACAGAACCGCUCGAGUCUCGUUCGGCGACGCAUGGCCCAGCGACAGAAACUGCGGGAACGUUUCGAUCAGUUUGUUUUGCGGGCGACAUCCCUUGACGGGUAA